GCCACCCGAGCGCUCAGCUCAAACAUCCCUACUCUCCUGCUCCUCUUCUUCCUCCUCCUCUCGCUCUCAAGCGCGUCUUCACUCCGGCCUAGCUCGGACGGAUCGACAUCGAGGGGAAAGGGAAUAAGUGGGGGCGCCAGCAGAUGGAUCCAUGGAUCAGCAGCCAGCCUUCUCUGAGCCUUGACCUGCGCGUCGGCCUGCCGCCGCUCAGCCUCCACCAGGCGCCGGUGGCCGUCGCCUUGGCCAGGCCCAAGGUGCUCGUCGAGGAGAACUUCCUGCUGCCUCCCAAGAAAGAACCAGAGGUGGCGGCCGCUCUCGAGUCGGAGCUACGGCGGAUGAGCGAGGAGAACCGGCGCCUGGCGGAGGCGCUGGCCGCGGUGGUCUCCAAGUACGAGGCGCUGCGCAGCCAGCACACGGAGAUGGUGGCCGCGUCGUCCGCGUCGGAGGGCGGGUCCGUGUCGCCGUCGCGGAAGCGCAAGAGCGAGAGCGCGGACACGGCGCCGGUGCAGCGCCUUCACCAGCAGCACGCGGCGGCGGACCUGUCGGAGUGCACCUCCGGCGGCGAGCCGCCGUGCAAGCGCGUCGUGCGUGACCGGGCGGAGGAGGUGGAGGAGGAGGAGGAGUGCAGGCCCAGGGUGUCGAAGCUGUACGUGCGCGCCGACCCGGCCGACCUGAGCCUGGCGGUGAGGGACGGGUACCAGUGGCGCAAGUACGGGCAGAAGGUGACCAAGGACAACCCCUGCCCGCGGGCCUACUUCCGCUGCUCCUUCGCCCCGGCCUGCCCCGUCAAGAAGAAGGUGCAGCGCAGCGCCCACGACGCCUCCGUCCUCGUGGCCACGUACGAGGGCGACCACACCCACGGCCCGCCCCCCUCGGGCUCGGGCUCGGGUUCGGGCGCCAGCAGCAAGAACGCCGCGAAGCCGCCGUCGCCGCCGCGCCGCCAGGAGGCUGCUGUCGCGGUGACUGCGGCCGCGGCGGCGUCGGAGAUGGUCCGGCGGAACCUGGCGGAGCAGAUGGCGGUGACGCUGGCGCGGGACCCCAGCUUCAAGGCGGCGCUCGUGUCCGCGCUGUCCGGCCGGAUCCUCGAGCUGUCGCCGACCAAGGACUGACGGACCGCAGACGGAUCGGAUCGAGCGGCGUGACACGAGAUUCUCGCCUCAGGGCUCAGGGUGUCUUCGCACGCACGCGGCAAUGGUCGGCCGAACAGGAGACGAGGAUCUGCAGCCCAGCACCAGGGACGAGCAGACCGGGGCUGCUCGCGCGGCCGGACAUGGCGUGGACCGGUGUCCAGACUCCGGAGAUCGUCAUGCCGACGACGUAACAUGCGAAACGCUACUAGUACAAGAAACAACAUCCAAGUGUACAAUCCCCUGUACUUUGUAGUCUUGUUUAGGCAAACUGUUCUCUGUCCAUCCAAUCGAUGAAACGAGAACGUUACAAAUUUUUUU